GUCCACCGUUCCUCUGCUGCUUCGGGAUCACACGUACCAAAGCAAAUCUUACGACAGGAGGAAAAGUUCAUGUUGGAGUUUUCGAAGACUUCAGAUGGCUAUAUGAAGUCCAAGAUGAACAUGGACAGUUUGACCAAGCCAGAGUUGCUGAUGUUGUUCAGCAUACUGGAGGGAGAGUUAGAAGCCCGUGACCUGGUGAUUGACGCCCUCAAGGCCCAGCAUCAGGAUGUGUUCAUUCAGGAGCGCUAUGGAAGGUACGACCUCAGCGACCCCUUCCUGGCUUUGCAGAGAGACAGCCAGGCUAUUGGGGAGCAGAAAAAAGACCUGGGCUCCUCUUCCUCCACCUCCAAUCCUCUUGUGGUUCUCAGACUGGUGGUGAGCCACUGCAGGAGGAUGCAGGAGAAGAUGUUGGCUCAGCUAGCUGCAGCUGAGAGCAGGCACAGGAGGGUCAUUGCAGAUCUGGAGGAGGAAAAGAGGAGGCAUGCUGAGGACACAGCCGAGGGAGAUGAUGUCACUUACAUCCUGGAGAAGGAGAGGGAGCGUUUACAACAACAGCUGGAGUUUGAGCGUAGCCAGGUCCGGCGCUUGGAAAAAGAACAGCAGCGGGUGACUGAUCAGCUGGAAGAAGAACGCACUCAGCACAAACAGCUCUCCUGCGCUUUGGCUAAAGAAUGCAAGUGGGCCAGUUCCAGGGCUCUGGAGGAGGGUCACCGGCUGACCGAACUCAGCCGUAAACUGGACAAGGAGAAGGAGGCUUGCCAGGUUCUGAGAAAGGAGCUGGAGGAGGAGAGGAGUAAAUCCUUGAGGAUGGAGGCGAGGGUGGAGGAGCAGCUGGCCGAGUUUGACACAGAGCGAGAACAGCUCCGCUCACGGCUGAGGAAGGAGGAAGUGCACUGCUGUCAGCUGCAGCAGCAGGUACAGGAGCUGAGAAGUAAGCUGGAGCAGGUGACAAUGACGGGGGACAUCAGGGGGUCAUUUACUUCUGUGGAGGAGGAAGUACAGGAGUGGACCACCAUAGUUCCUCCAGGAAAGAUGUUGAUAGAAACUAUUGGAAUUGAAGACAUGGAGGAAGAUGAAAACCAGUCAAAUGCCAAUGGCCACCAUUAUCCAGUGGAGACAAAUGGACACCAUGAUCCAGGCGGUGCCCUGUCAGAGAAGACUUCCUUUGAAAAUGGGAAUGAAAACUCUAGAGGCCCAGGUCUAGAGACUCAGACCCUGUUCCCUACCUGCAGUACUGUUACUUCAAUCGCUAAAAAGCACCCAUCAGGUAUCCUCAGCCCCGGUAGCUACCAGUCCCCCUACCAGACUGGGAUCAACCAGCGCUUCCACGCUGCUCGUCAUAAGUUCCAGGGUACUGCUGACCCAGAAACUCAGACCCAGGUCACCCAGCCUGCUCUUCCCCUCUCUCCAAAGGACUUUGCCACCGUGACCACUUCCUCCCCAGAAGCCAGCCCAGUCAAGCAGAUGGCCCGGAGCACAGUCACUCAAGUCCUGUCCCGUUUCACCACUGCCCAGCAGAGCGCUUCGACAAAGCUCGCCGCGCCAAACACGUCACCCUUCGGUACAGACUACCGCAGCCUGGCCGCGCCCCUUUCGCCAGUCAUAGGGAGAGCCACGGCAGCGAUUCCACAGGUGGUCAGAUCACCCACCGUCUCCAGGGCGGACAGGGGAAAUCCUCCUCCAAUUCCUCCAAAGAAGCCCGGUCUGGCCCAGGCUCCUCCAUCCCCAGCACUCACGCCCCGGUCUGCCACCCACUUCCAUGACGGCCCCCUCUCUGGCAGCUGUGGCCUCACCUCCAGCCAGGAUGGAGUCAAAGAACUGGACAUGGUGGUGUCCUCUAACUAAUCUUGCUGCUCCGCUUGUUACAUCAAGUACAGCCCAUAAUUGUGAUUAAAACAUUUUCAUAAAUGCUACUCUCUCUGUGCUCAGUUUGGAAAAGAACCAUCAUUUAGAAUGUCACACUCUUUGUGUUUUAUUUAUUUGAUUGUAAAAUGUGGCUGACAUACUGUUUUGUGAGUACUGGAUCCAUGUUUUCAUUUACAUUUUAUGGAGAUAAUGUGUUUAAAAACACUGUUGCUUAUUAUAAGAAAUGACCUGGAGACCAAAUGCAACAAGUAGUUAUUGAACCAAUAUACAGUAUUAUACUCUGACUGUACUCACAUGUAAUGUUUUAAAAUAUCAUGUAAAAUUUAUUUUAUAAAUGCGCCUUACAUAAAAUCUGUUCUACUUUUACACAGGAGAUAUAUUCUAAUUUUAUGUUUAUACAGUGUGUUUUCAUAUUAUACAAUCAUGAUGAAGUGUUUCAGAAUGGAAACACUUUAGUUUUUUCAACAUAUAACAACAUGAACUUGGAUUUUAUUCCUUGAGCAAACAGUUUUGAUAAGUACGUAUUAAUAAUGUGCGCUUACAUCUCUGUUCCUUUCACCAGAAUCUUUACAGAAAUUUAUAUUCUGGAAAAGGACAAAUAAUAAAUUAAUUCCAAAAGUUA